CUCCCUCUCCCUUCCUAGCCAACUUGCUCUGUGGGUGCAGGGGGCUCUGCUGGGGAGAGGAAGUUCUCCAGUUCCUUCGCUCCCCACCUGCUGGUCUGUCUGGUUUCCUCUCCAGCGCUGUCUGAGGAGCUGAUCUUCCCCUCCUCCCUCCCCUCCCUCCUCUCCCUGAGUAGCGCUGCUGUCCUAGCAAGUGAUGCUGUCGGAGGCGGGAGACGGGCGCGCAGGCGGCACCGCCGGGGCCUCGGGGCCGCAGCUCCUCUCCCGGCACCGGCGCGCGCUCGGCCCGGGCUUCCUCCUCGCGGCCACUGCGCGGCGGCUCCCGCGCUUGGAUGGUAGGCGGCGGCGCGGCUCCGGCUCCCGCCUCUAGCCGCCAGGUCGCGGGCAGCGCCGCGCUCUCCCGCCGCCUUCCCGCCCCGGGCCGCGCGGGCUGCGGGAGCUGCCGCCGGCCCGGAGCGGCGCCGCCCGGAGGGCUCGCGGCGGAGGAGGCCCGCGGCCGGCGCGAUGUCCACCAAGGUCAGGAAGUGCAAGGAGCAGGCGAGGGUGACCUUCCCCGCGCCGGAGGAGGAGGAGGGCGAGGACGAGGCAGCCGAGCCGCAGCGCCGCCGCCGGGGCUGGAAGGGCGUCAACGGGGGGCUGGAGCCGCGCAGCCACCGCGCGCCGCCCCGCUCCCCGGGGCCCGACCCGUCCAUGGAGGGGAGCCCGUCCCUGAGGCGCAUGACGGUGAUGCGCGAGAAGGGCCGGCGCCAGGCGGUGCGCGGCCCGGCCUUCAUGUUCAACGACCGGGGCACCAGCCUCACGGCUGAGGAAGAGCGCUUCCUGGACGCAGCCGAGUACGGCAACAUCCCGGUGGUGCGCAAGAUGCUGGAGGAGUCCAAGACGCUGAACGUCAACUGCGUGGACUACAUGGGCCAGAACGCGCUGCAGCUGGCCGUGGGCAACGAGCACCUGGAGGUGACCGAGCUGCUGCUCAAGAAGGAGAACCUGGCGCGCAUCGGCGACGCGCUGCUGCUGGCCAUCAGCAAGGGCUACGUGCGCAUCGUGGAGGCCAUCCUCAACCACCCGGGCUUCGCGGCCAGCAAGCGCCUGACCCUGAGCCCCUGCGAGCAGGAGCUGCAGGACGACGACUUCUACGCCUACGACGAGGACGGCACGCGCUUCUCGCCCGACAUCACGCCCAUCAUCCUGGCGGCACACUGCCAGAAGUACGAGGUGGUGCACAUGCUGCUGCUGAAGGGCGCGCGCAUCGAGCGGCCGCACGACUACUUCUGCAAGUGCGGGGACUGCACCGAGAAGCAGCGGCACGACUCCUUCAGCCACUCGCGCUCGCGCAUCAACGCCUACAAGGGGCUGGCCAGCCCGGCGUACCUGUCCUUGUCCAGCGAGGACCCGGUGCUCACGGCCUUGGAGCUCAGCAACGAGCUGGCCAAGCUGGCCAACAUCGAGAAGGAGUUCAAGAAUGACUAUAGGAAGCUCUCCAUGCAGUGCAAAGACUUCGUGGUGGGUGUGCUGGAUCUCUGUCGAGACUCGGAGGAGGUGGAAGCCAUUCUGAACGGAGACCUGGAGUCCACGGAGCCCCUGGGGGUGCACAGGCACAGAGCUCUGAGUCGGGUCAAGCUUGCGAUUAAGUACGAAGUCAAAAAGUUUGUGGCGCACCCCAACUGCCAGCAGCAGCUUUUGACCAUCUGGUACGAGAACCUCUCGGGCCUGCGGGAACAGACCGUGGCGGUCAAGUGCCUGGUCGUGCUGGUCGUGGCCUUGGGCCUCCCGCUCCUCGCCAUCGGCUACUGGAUCGCCCCCUGCAGCAGGCUGGGGAGGGUUCUGCGGAGCCCUUUCAUGAAGUUCGUGGCGCAUGCCGCCUCCUUCAUCAUCUUCCUGGGCCUGCUGGUGUUCAACGCCUCUGACCGGUUUGAGGGCAUCGCUACACUGCCCAACAUCACGGUCACCGACUACCCCAAACAGAUCUUCAGGGUGAAGACCACCCAGUUCACAUGGACCGAGAUGCUGAUUAUGGUCUGGGUUCUCGGAAUGAUGUGGUCAGAGUGUAAGGAGCUCUGGCUGGAAGGACCUAGGGAAUACAUCUUGCAGCUGUGGAAUGUGCUCGACUUUGGGAUGCUCUCCAUCUUCAUCGCUGCAUUCACGGCCAGAUUCCUGGCUUUCCUUCAGGCAACAAAAGCACAACAGUACGUGGACAGCUAUGUCCAAGAGAGUGACCUCAGCGAAGUGACGCUGCCACCAGAGAUACAGUACUUCACCUACGCUAGAGACAAAUGGCUGCCCUCUGACCCACAGAUCAUAUCGGAAGGUCUUUAUGCCAUAGCGGUGGUGCUCAGCUUCUCUCGCAUCGCCUACAUCCUCCCUGCGAACGAGAGCUUUGGCCCCUUGCAGAUCUCUCUUGGAAGGACUGUGAAGGACAUAUUCAAGUUCAUGGUCCUCUUCAUCAUGGUGUUUCUGGCCUUCAUGAUUGGCAUGUUCAUACUUUACUCUUACUACCUUGGGGCCAAAGUAAACGCUGCUUUUACCACUGUGGAAGAAAGUUUCAAGACUUUGUUUUGGUCAAUAUUUGGGUUAUCUGAAGUGACUUCUGUUGUGCUCAAAUACGACCACAAGUUCAUAGAGAACAUCGGAUACGUGCUUUAUGGAAUAUACAAUGUAACUAUGGUGGUCGUGCUACUCAACAUGCUCAUUGCUAUGAUCAAUAGCUCAUACCAAGAAAUCGAGGAUGACAGUGAUGUAGAGUGGAAAUUUGCUCGUUCAAAACUUUGGUUAUCCUAUUUUGAUGAUGGAAAAACAUUGCCUCCACCCUUCAGUCUGGUUCCAAGUCCAAAAUCGUUUGUUUAUCUCAUCAUGCGGAUCAUUAACUUCUCCAAAUGUAGAAGGAGAAGGCUACAGAAGGAUCUGGAAAUGGGAAUGGGUAAUUCAAAGUCCAGGUUAAACCUCUUCACUCAGUCUAACUCAAGAGUUUUUGAAUCACACAGUUUUAACAGCAUUCUCAACCAGCCAACACGGUAUCAGCAGAUAAUGAAGAGACUGAUCAAGCGCUAUGUCCUGAAAGCCCAAGUAGACAAGGAAAACGACGAGGUGAACGAAGGUGAAUUGAAAGAAAUCAAGCAAGACAUCUCCAGCCUUCGGUAUGAACUUCUGGAGGACAAGAGCCAAGCAACCGAGGAACUGGCCAUCCUGAUCCACAAACUCAGCGAGAAACUGAAUCCCAGCGUGCUGAGAUGUGAAUGAGGCACGGCUGGAGCCUCAGCAUAGACCGCAGCACACACGUGGGCAAUAACGUUUCUAAGUGAGAAAUACUUGAAAAACUGGUGUGAGUUCUUAGCAUUAACUACCUUUAUCAUGUGACUCUUCAAAGGUUUAGGGCUUGAUGAUUUUGCUGUUUUAUCACAAGAAAAUGCAUUUCAUUGUCUGCCUCGACAUUACAAACAAUGAAAUACCAUUGUAUUUAAAGGCCCAAUAUCACAGCGUUACUGACAGUUUUGCCCAUUUUAGAGUAUACGCUGUUUUUGCACUACCUGUUUGCCUCCAAGAGAUCGUAAACUCCUUGGGGACAGGGACUAUGUCUUAUUCAUCUUUGUGUCUCCAGCACCUAGUACAGUGCCUGGUACAUAGUAGGUGCUCAAUAAAUGUUGAAGCCAAGUGAACUGAACUGCCAAUAAAAUACAAAUAAAAGCUCAUCACUAUGUAGCAUACCUUCCCAUGUCCACCUGCUGAAGAGUUUGAGUUUUUUUAAAAAUAGAACUGAAGAAAUUUUACAACCAGCUAUGACCUAGUAAGAUUUUCUUAGAAUUUUAGGCAUUGCUGAUAAUCCUAGGACCAGUGAGCCCUAAGUGAGAAUUUAACAAUGAGAUGGGUUAAUAGAAGAUACAAUUACAUUACAUAUUUAAGUUUCAUAGGAUUGUCCCGAACAACACAUUAAAGAUUUUUCUAAAAUAGA